AUGAUUUCACAUGAUUCACUUCGCAGCGCCCUGGGCGCAGACCCGGCAGGCCAAGACGCGAGCCAAAGGGCUCAAGGAAUCGGUGGCUUCAGCCCUCCAAGGGGCAAAGCGAUCGAAGCGCUCAGGUGCGGUGAACGCCAAACGGAGGCGCCGCUGAGUCCUCCUCCGACCCCACCCGGGGGCGUUCCCACCCGGACUGCGCGGACGGCGCGUCGGUGGUGGAGCGCGGAGAUCUUGCGUGAGGAGAAGCCGGACCGGAGCCGUUGUUUUUGGGGCGACCGGAGCGGUUUGUGCCUUGAGGCAAAGAGAGCUGGGGACCGGUGUGAUCCCGCGGAGCAAAAGAGUGGCAAGUCUUGCGGCUGUAAAUCCCUUCAUCUCAUGCAUGGCUUGGUGGGAGAGUGCUGUGCCGCGUUGCUGCAAGCAUCUGCAAGCGCUGUACAUGUCCAGGUCCAAAUCAACAACGAGACCAAGAUGGUUUUCUCGCAGCAGACCAUUCUCGAGUCCUCCAUCAAAGACUUCGCGAUGCGCAUCCCCUUCAACUGCCGCGCCGGCAUUUGUGGCGCCUGCGAGGAGCGCGACUCGUGGGAGUCGGGUGUUUGGGCACCGGCCCGGAACCGCGUCGGCGUGCACCGCACACCUGGGACCCGCCAGGUGGAUCUUUGCGAUGCCACCGCGACGUACACCUUCUACUUCCGACAGGAGUCCAGCUUCACGACCCUGGCGCUUGCCCACGAAGCCUUCGGUGGCGUCCAAGUCCAAGCGGACCAGCUGCAACAGUUGAGCUGGCUCGAUGGCCAUGGAGCACGGAGGCCCUUAGAAGCAGAUGAUGCCCAGCACUACUUACAGGGCAUUUUCCGGCACUUGCUGAAGGACAGUGCUGUGGUGAUGGUCCCAGAGGCGAGCUUGGCUCCGUUGUCCUUACAGGAGGAUGCUACAGAGCAUUUGACCUAUCGAUUGAUGAAAACACCUUGCAACAAGAUCGAAUGGCACGUGGAUUUGAUGGACAGCCAGCAUCUUUGCGUCACAGAGAUCGAAGAGUUGGCCCUGGGUUCGGAUAUCAUUUGGUCCAUGAGACGCCAAGGCCACGAGUUGGACGCGGAGGAGGCGCUCGGGUUGCUGGAGACGGUGCGACUGCUCCUUCCAGUGGCAUCCAAAGUGUCCCACGAUCCCGAAGACGAGUAUCUCACAGAACUUUUUCAGGAGGAUGCUUGCUAUUUCGAAGAGCAUGGAUGCUAUCCUCCAGACUAUUGA